AUGUCAUCGGACAUAUUAGAUGUACUGAUCAUUGGUGGAGGUUUAUCAGGCCUAUCAGCUGGAAAUUAUUUAUUUGAUCAUCAUAUAGAUAAUUUUUUAAUUCUUGAAGCUCGAGAUCGUGUAGGCGGUCGAACAUGUACAAUUGAUUAUCAAGGACAUCCAGUUGAUGUUGGAGGUGCUUAUGUCGGUCCAUUUCAAAAUCGUAUUCUUCGAUUAGCACGUGAAUUUAAUAUUCGUACAUAUCGUAUUUAUAAUAAAGGAAAAAAUGUUUUAACAUUAUCAAAUGGAUAUCGAUCCGUAUAUUCGGGUACUAUACCAACUUCAAUUGGUGUAUUUUCAUUACUUGAUUUUAAUUAUUUAUUAUGUCGAACACAAGAAUUAUGUGAACAAAUAUCAAAUUUAACACCAUGGUCAAAUGAAAAUUUAUCUUUAAAAUACGAUCAAAUGACUGUUGAAGAUUGGCUUCAAACAUUAGCGGAAACUGAUGAAGCAAAACAAAUUUAUCGAGCUGCUGCUCGAGCAAUACUCUGUGUUGAACCAAAUGAAGUAUCAAUGUUUGCUUGGCUUUCAUAUGUUAAUAAUGGAUUAGGAAUAAUGCGUCUAUGUGAAAUUGAAAAUGGUGCACAAGAACGAAAGUUCAGUGGUGGAUCACAACAAAUAUCAAAUCGAUUACGUGAAAAACUUGGUGAUAAUCAUGUUUUACUUAAUCAUGUUGUUAAACAUGUUGAAUGGUCAUUAACAGAAAAUUUAAUUAAAGUUACAUGUGAUAAUAAUAAAAUAUUUUCAUGUCGUCAUUUAAUUAUUGCUUUAGCACCAUCACUUUAUAAAACAAUUCAAUUUGAACCUGAAUUACCACCUAAAAAACGUGAAGCAACUGAAAGAAUGUAUAUGGGUUCAAUUAUAAAGACAAUAACAGUAUUUGAACGACCAUUUUGGAAAGAAAAUGGUUUUUCUGGUAUUAUACUUGAUACAUCAAAAGUAUCAAAUCCAGUUAUUUUUUCUUAUGAUGAUACAUCUGAUGAACAUCAAUUUUAUGCUAUAAUGGGUUUUAUUCUUGCUGAUUCAAGUCGUCAAUGGGCUAAAAAAACACGUGAUGAACGUCGACAAGCUGUUUGUGAACAAUAUGCUCAAGCCUUUCAAUGUAAUGAAAUGUUGACAGGUUGUCGUGAUUAUAUUGAACAAAAUUGGUCUGCCGAACAAUUUAGUGGUGGUUGUUAUACUGAUAUAAUGCCAAAAGAAGUAUUUUCAUCAUUACGUGAACAAUUAUGGACAUCAUGUGGUAAUAAUGGUCAAUUGAUUUUUGCUGGUACUGAAUUAGCAACCAGAUUUUCUGGUUAUAUGGAUGGAGCAGUACAAGCAGGUGAACGAGCAGCAUUUGAAGUUAUAACAAAAUAUUUGAAAAAAAAUGAUGAAAAUUUAUCAUUGAAAUGGAUAGAUGAAGAACCGGUAGAUGAUAGAGAAGAAUGUCGAUCAUCUAAUAUUAAUCAACUUAUGUAUGGACCAUCAAAAAUUGAAAUGUUAUUACCAAAAGCAUCAAUAGUAAAAUUGAUUUUAAAAAUAGCAUCUAUAGGCUUGGUAGGUUGUAUUGCGAUGAUGAUUAAAUCACGAUUUUUUUAA